AUGCUUGAGGGAAGCUCUAUCGCAGCUAUUCUAACAGGCAUUCUCGCCUUGAUAGGCGCGCUUGCUACUGCUUACAUGUCCUCAUGGAAUGCACAGCGAACCCAGGAGCGCGAGAAUAAAAAGGCCCUUGCUCAAUACUCAGCGCCUCUCCUCAUUGCGGCUUGGGAUUUGGCUAAUUGGUUCAAUGAUAUACUCAAUGAGGAUAAUUAUUCUCCCGAACGAUGUGAAGCGUACGGCAAUGGAUGGAGUAGCACGUUUACAUCAUAUCUGCUUGGCCAGUAUUUCGCUGGCGUCCAUGUACUUAGGAUAAACACGCAGUUUCUUGCCAAUAUCAGGGGUGAAAACGCACGUUUGUUGAAGAAGAUGCUUUGGAAGAUACAGGACGAGUUCGCAACUAUGCAAUAUGCGGAUCGAGCCAGCAUAGAAAUGCGCUGGGCCGAGAAUGACAUGUUAGCUGUGCAGGAAGAGAUGACGGAGGCAUAUAGUGCUGGCGAUGAAAAGAAAGAGAAUGUCCGGGUAAUCGGUUGGGUUGAGUUUCAGAAGAAGUACGAGGAGAAAGUACCAGUCGAGCAGGAAGACAAGGAGGAAACCGUUGAGCAAGAGCAUCAGGAGGAAGAGGAGGAUACCAGCAAUUGGUCGAGGCUAAAAACUAUCUUCUCCUGGUACGAGGACGAGUUCCAACGGAUCAUCUUUCGCCGAUUCGAGCAUCUCUAUUCGACAGAAUUUAAAACAUCCCGAAAUCCUCAAAGGAAUCCAGUACAGAUAUGGGCAACCCUCGUCAAUUCAGAGCGCAAUAAAAGAGAAGACCGAAGAAUUAUAGAGGAUGAGAAAUUAAGGUCAGGGAAUGGUAGAGUGAUUCCAGAUUACCGGGUUCGACGUCUUCAGCACCUUCUGGUCGAUCUGGUCGAAUUAUUGGAUGAAGUGUCUACAAAAUCGCACAUCGAGUUGGGAUUCACUCGAUAUUGGUACUUUGUCGAGAGUAUCGCGUCGUCUGGAUCCUACACCACCGCUCAACAACACGGACAGCCCACUCGUGUGAUCCCCAGCCAAGCCUGUACUUUUUGA